UGGAAUUCCCGACCUAUACCUCAGCAAUAUCUUUUUGCACUGCACAGGAACCCACUGCGCAUUUCACAGAUUUAAUAAGUCAAUGUGAAAACGUAUGUAACGUAGAUAUAAACAAAUACAUUUUAUUCAUUAACUGUAUAUGACUAUUUAUCAUAUGCAUUAAAAACUAUAGAUGGACAUAAUAUUACAUAAUUUGUAAUAUUUUUAUAUUCACUUUUGUCCUCAUCAAGCUGACACAGCAGCAGUGGAGCAGCACCCUAGCGCCCUCUAUUGACCAGCCACCAUUAUUCUUUAUCCUCUAUGAAAAAUGACAGCAUCUUAGAAUCACUUACAGUAGAAGUAAAAGAAGAGGUACAACUCUUGUGUGUAUGCAUGACUGUAUUAUACUGCCUCCCGGUGGCCAAGGUGAACACAACAGGAGCAGCACAAUGAAUUGAAUUGCAGCAUUAAAUCAUGAUGCACAAACUGUUUAAUUCUUAAUGUUAUUAUUCUAUGUUUUUGUCAAGUACCAUACAGUAUUUUGGUGAACAUAUAGCUACAAAUAUUUACAACCGGCCACGACGCAGUCGCCACACCUCGUCAUGUUUAUUCAAGACCUUGCCGUGAGUGAGGAAGAGGAGGAGAGCGCGCCAACACUCGCGUGUCCACAAGGCUCAAACAUGGGAGGAUGCUGCAUGUCGACCGAGGCCAGGGAGAGGCAGGACAUCAGCGACGAAAUCGAGAAGCAGCUGAGGAGAGACAAGAACAACUGUCGCAGGGAGCUUAAACUGCUCCUCUUAGGCACGGGCGAGAGCGGCAAAAGCACGUUCAUCAAACAGAUGCGGAUCAUCCACGGAGGAGGAUACAACGAGGAGGACAAAUGCAAAUAUGCUAAAUUGGUCUACCAAAACAUCUACACGUCCAUGCAGACCAUGAUCCGAGCCAUGGAGAUGCUGCACAUCCCUUUCCACGACGCGCACCAGCAGAUAAGCGCCAAUAUCCUGCUGGAGGUCGAGGUGGUCAAAGUUGACCACUUGGAUCAGGAGUACGCGGCGGCCAUCAGGAGAUUGUGGAACGACGGCGGCUUUCAGGAAUGCUUCGAUCGCCGCCGGGAGUACCAGUUGUCCGACUCCACCAAAUACUAUCUGACAGAGCUGGAUCGCAUCUCGCAGCCCUCCUACGUACCCAACCUUCAGGAUAUCCUGCGGGUCCGCGUUCCCACCACGGGCAUCAUCGAGUACCCCUUCGACAUGGAGAGUGUCAUCUUCAGGAUGGUGGAUGUAGGCGGUCAGCGGUCCGAGCGCAGGAAGUGGAUCCACUGCUUCGAAGGCGUUACAUCCAUCAUGUUCCUGGUGGCGCUCAGCGAGUACGACCAGGUGCUGGUGGAGUGCGACAAUGAGAACCGCAUGGAGGAGAGCAAGGCCCUGUUCAGGACCAUCAUCACAUACUCAUGGUUCCAGAGCUCGUCCGUCAUCCUCUUUCUCAACAAAACCGACAUCCUCCAGGAGAAGAUCCUGAACUCCCAUCUGGCCGACUACUUUCCGCAGUUCUCCGGGCCUCGUCAGGACGCGUGUGCGGCUCAGGAGUUCAUCCUGAAGAUGUACCAGGAACAAAACCCGGACAAGGACAAGAAGUUAUACCCGCACUUCACCUGUGCCACCGACACGGAGAACAUCCGCUUCGUGUUCGCCGCAGUCAAGGACACCAUCCUGAGACAGAACCUCCAGGUCUUCAACCUGCUCUAAACACCAAACUCCCAUUCUUUACACACUACCCCCCUUUAUACGACUGUAUAUUAUUUCUUUUAAUCAACUUACACUUACAAUUGUCAGAAGAAGUAAAGGUAGCACAUUUCCUCAUAUAGUGGCCACAGGUGCAAGAGGAAUUCAUUCUGUAACCAAGUUUGUUAUCAAAUCAUUGUUCCCCAUUGACAGAAAUGGAAAUGCCAUUAAUCCGUUCCAGACGCCAAAACUGUUUUUGUCUCAUGCGUUUAUAACGUAAAAUAGCAGUAUUGCAUGAAACAACAUUAAAAGAUGAUAAAAGAGAAUGUAAAGAAAUAAAGUGGUUUCAUAAAGUAAUUAGUAUACUUAGUGUAACUCAAGAAUCUCAUAAGUUGGGGCACUCAAGUCAAGGUGUCACUGUAAAACAUGACAUUUCUUUAUUUAAGGCAUGGCAUGAUUUUUUCUCAAACUAUGACUAUUUGGCGUGCCACGUCGAUUAGAGCACAGGCCACUAUUUGAGGAAACACGGUACAACAGGUUGGUGUUAUUUUAUUAGUUGCGGGGCUUACCAUCUAUUUGAGCAGGGGCUAUUAUUUGAGGAAAUUUUUGUUUUUAAUCAUUGUAAAAUACAAUAAAAUUAGCCAAAAGAUUUUAAUUUCUGCAGUUGUUUUAAGAGUGUUUAAAAAAAAAAAUGCAAUUUUAUUAACACUGCUAGCUUCAUCCUUGUUGGUGCCUUACUAUUUAUUUAAUGUUUACAUGAAAUAACCCAAGUUGUGCAUUGGCUAAAAUCUCAGGAGUGG